UAUUUUGGUGACGCUCACGACUGUAAAGCAUUCUUCAUCUGUAGUUGGGGCGUGCCCUACCGAUUCCACUGUCCACCGGGCACGAUCUGGAGCACUGCCGAGAGUGUGUGUAACUGGAGCCGAGACGUGACGUGCCAAGAAUCAAGUUAG